AUGUUCAAUUUCACUGGAGAGACCAAAAGACGCAAUGUCAAUUUGGGUGAAAAGAAACGAACAGGAUUAGGAUUCGGCACCAAUGCAUUCUUGGAACAGUCACGAAAGGAUAGAGAAGAACGAGAACAACAACGACUUCGAGAGAGAUCGGCGAUCACGUUACAGAAUUCAAUCAGAAGUUACUCGAAAUUGAAGCAUGAAGUUGAGAAAUUAUGUCAAGAUUGGCUUGAUGAAGAUAUAAAGGAGGAUGGGGAUAACUUCUGGACCUUUGUGUCUCAGUUUGCAAUAUUAGUACGAUGGUUUACCCAAAAAGGAGAGAAGGGACAGAGCACAUUAACAACAGUGGUAUCGAAGCUACUACAACAGCUAGAAGAAACACAGUUAGAGCCCCUGAGCGAAAACGAAGCUGCCUUGUUCUACCUUGGUCAAUUUCUAUCCGGUCGACUUUCACUUCAAAAGAUACAGAGAGAACUCAAAUGGAAGAUGUUUCAAGUCAUCAAGGUAUUGUUUGAAAAGUAUCACUUUGCAUCUGCGCUCUUGUUGUCAGAAUUAUGCCCCUACAUACAAUCGGAACGACAAGAACCAGAGACAACCACUGCCGCUGUCAAUCUUGCAUACGGGGUAGCCGAUGCACUACUCAAUAAAAACCGCUUUGCAUUUGAGCCUUUUCUCCUUCAAAUUCUUGCACUUGACAUUUAUUCGGGACCAAAUCCAUACUAUUUGAAUGUAUUGCGAGAGUUCACCAUCAAGAAGCAGCACCAGAUGGAUCUGUAUCUAAAAGGAAAUGAAUCAGUUAAGGAUAGGCUUUUAUACAUGGUGGUGAAUUUCUUGCAAAUCCAUGGAGACGGCGAGUUUGCGAUUCAAGAUUUACGAUUGAUUCAUAGUUUGUUAAAGUACAACCAAGCCAUGGUUUUGGAUAACUACCCUGACGACAGUGAAUCGCAAGACAUGAGAGAUAAAGGUAUGAGUGCAAUUGUAUUACCACCAGCUAAAAUGAAAAUAUUGAAACAAAUGUAUACUCCCAAUUUCCUUCAAAACGUGCUUAAAUUUGUACAAGAGAAUCACACGGUGUCAUUUGAGAUACUUUCGAAGCUCAUUGCGUUGCAACCCUCAUGGAAACAACUUGUCUUGACUCAGAUAUGUGUUGAGCCAAGGCAAAUAUUGAAAACUUGUGCCCAUUUUCUUAAACGCGCCGAAGUACUUUCAGGAGCUUCGUUUGAAGGAUACGAAGAGGCAUUUCGUUCGGGUGAUUUUUUUGACAGCUUGUUGUUUUUUGAAGAGGUUUAUUCUUACUGGCUUAUAAUUUCAAAUGAUACUGAAUUAUUUGCACAAACGGGGAUAAAUGAGGAGAUUGUGGCUGGUUUUUGCAAUUUUUUGAAACCAUUAUGCAGUUGUUUUGCAAUGAAGCCCGAUUUGGGUACCAAAUACCUUCGUCAAAAGACUUUUUCCUUAGUUGAUCAAUUGUAUUUGAAGAAUCUACGAUUAAAAUUUCUCCCUCCUGAUUUCUGGCUAACUACUCAGCGCAGUUAUAAUUUUGACAAGUUACUCAGCUAUGUGGUUGAGGAUUACAUGGGAGAUCUCAACGAUGAAAAUGUUGACAAUAGAGAAAGGGAAGCAUUUUUACAGAGUAUGCCUAAUGCGUACCGAGAGAUGCUCACAUUGUUGAAACAUGUCCCUUACUUUAUCCCGUUCAAUGACCGAGUCAAGAUAUUUCAAGAGUUGAUUGAAAUUGAUAGACAAAAUAGCUCACCGUAUUGGGGUUUUAUGGAACCGAGGGUCAAAGCCGAAAUUAGACGUCAAAAUUUAUUACAAGAUGCAUUUGAGGCAUUCAGCAAAAUGGGAAAUCUGUUCAAGAAUCGAAUCCAAGUGGAGUUUUUCAAUGAGUAUGGACCGGAAGCAGGGAUAGAUGGGGGUGGAAUCACCAAGGAAUUUUUGACCAGUGUUGUUAAAGAAGGGUUUGAUCCAGUUCAGGGGUUAUUCAAAGAAACUCGUGAUAAUCAAAUUUACCCAAAUGAAGAGAUAUGCCUCAAGAUGAAGCUUGGACACGACGUUUAUGACGCAAGAGGCAAAUUAGAAUACAUUCAAUUUAUGGGAAUGUGUGUGGGCAAAUGCUUGUACGAGAAUGUCUUGAUUGAUGUGUCAUUUGCGCCUUUUUUCAUCAACAAAUGGUGUAUGGAUGGAUUCAAGAACACCAUCAAUGAUUUGAGUUAUUUUGAUGCCGAAUUGUUUAAAAACUUGAUUAAGCUAAGCCACAUGACUGACGUGGAGCUACGCAAUUUGGAUUUGAGUUUUGCCGUUGAUGAAAAAGUAGACGGCGCAACUCAUAGUUUUGAAUUGAUACCCGAUGGGAAAUCCAUUUCUGUAGCAAAGCCAAAUAUUCAAUUUUAUCUUCACAAAUUUGCCGAUUUCAAAUUAAACCAAUCAUUAUUGCCACAAUCGAAAGCUUUCCUAUCGGGGCUAUUUUCAAUCAUACCACGUAAAUGGUUUAUGAUGUUUGAUUAUUAUGAAUUGCAAAUGUUGAUAUCUGGUGGUAAGAAGGAUGUUGAUGUGACUGACUGGCAAAAUAACGUUGAAUAUGGAGGAUAUUUACCUCAGGAUAUAAGCGUACGGUAUUUUUGGGAGAUUGUUUAUGAAAUGACACCAGAAGAGAAAUCGAAAUUGAUCAAAUUUGUCACUUCAGUUAGUCGAGCUCCCUUGCUUGGAUUUGCUGUGUUGAAUCCUAAAUUCGGUAUUCGUAAUUCUGGAAGAGAUGUGACCAGAUUGCCUACAGCUUCAACGUGUGUCAAUUUGUUAAAACUACCUGAUUAUCAGAAUAAAGAAAUUAUGAGGGAGAAGUUGCUUUAUGCUAUAAAUACUGAGUCUGGAUUCGAUUUAUCAUAA